AAUUGUGGGAAUGGAAGACCCAUACAAUUUUUCAAGGAUCUGAAAUACUCAGCUUUACGAUAAACGCAAAAUGAGCAUUGUCCAGACAAUGCUCAAGAAAGCAUAUGACAUCAAGUAUAUUCAGAGUACUAAUACAUUUAAAAGAAAGAAGAGUGCUACAAAGUUAUCUCAAAGAGAUUUCGGUAAGCAGAAGGCCAUGUUCUCGAUGGACCAGGAAGGCAAACAACUUGUACUCGAAGUCAGCCUCGAGCUUGGAGUCCCUCUGCCUGAGGUAAUGGAUGCUUACGAAUAUAUUGUAAAACAAGCUAAUGUCGAUAAUUCACAAGACAGAAAGAGGAUCAAAGCUAUUAUAUUCGAUAAAUAAAAGACUCAUGAGAAAGACUUUCCGCUCGAUAAUCUACUACUGUUAUGGAGGCUUUGAUGAUGUAGACAAGCCUGACAUCGUCACUGACUUUGACAAUGAUCAUCAGUACAACUUGAACAAUGUUGAUUCUAGAUCGAAAGUGACUCAUUUCACAGAAACUCUGGAUCAAUCUAACCUGCAGCACCAGACCAGGAACCUUUUGAAUCGAGACCAUGAAAAGCAGAAACAGAGUAGGAACAAGUCACUCAUUAAGAAGUACAACAGCAUGAACUCUCUAGUCAGAGGCUUUACCACUAACAACACAUUUGCAAGCAAGAACUCAAUGCUCAAUAAGAGUGCAGUCGGGAUGAGGACCAAGUCUCAAGCGAAGCGGCUUGAUAAGUCAGUCAAGAAAUCCAAGAUGGCUAGGGCUAGCUCAGUGUCAAGUUUUCUGCAACAUAAUCCUGAGACUGCCCAUACUAUGUAUCCCCAGAGUUCAAAUGGGCGCUCUGACUUUUUGGGGAAUUCCAUGAUUGAACACAAGAACAGGUCAACCAUCUCAGAGACAUCCCGGAGUAGGUUCAGAACACCAGCAUCAAAAACUUCAAAGAAGAGGUUUACUAAAAGGAGUAAGUCUAGGAAGAGGAAAAUGAGGAAUAAAUUAGGCCAAAUUUGUAAGAAAAUAGGUAGCUCAAAAAGCUCUGUGCCUCAUAUCGGUAAUACCGCAUCCCAGUUGGACUAUCCUCAGAACAACAACUUGAUAUACUUGCAACCCAGGACAGAUAGAAGGGAAAUUGAAGGACUUAAAGGGGAAGACAGAGAUGCCUUUAUUAAGAAAUGGUACCAAGCUUAUUGCUACAGAGAAGAAAUUCUAAUGAGGAAAGCUUUAUUCAUCCUUCACAAAUUCAAAGAGCAAAACCAGAAGGAGAUUAAGUUCAGUAUUCAGGUUAGGCAGACUCAGAACUAUAAUUUGGUCAAGAAUGCCUUUUACACAUGGGUGAAGAAGUACCAGUACAGAGUUACAAGAAGACCCUUAUUGAUCAAAUCAUUAACGUUUUGGGGCAAUAACGUCAUUCGGAAAGGCUUUACAGGCCUAAAACAGUACCGCACACAAAUAAUAGAAACCCGGAAAAAGUUGCGGACUUUCUGGUGCAUUCGAGCUGCUGUAGCUAUGAUCGAGAAUAUCUCGAUGUACGAUAAGAACAUCUAUCCUUCCCAAGCAAUGAACCUUCCCAUAAAGAAUUUCAAUGAGAAAGAGCUCGAGAUCACUGUGAAAGAACAUGACAGACUGUACAAGAAGAAGUUAUUCGAAACAUGGAAAGAAUUUUAUUUUAAAAUUAGGGAAAAGAAAGCUAAAAUAGCUUAUAAUUAUGUGAACAAUACCUUCCAAGCAUGGAAGGAAGUUGCUAAGAAGAGAAAACUUGACCGCCAAAAGAUCCAACACUCUCUUGGAAAAUGACAUGCUAGGGCUCUUAAGGAAUGAUUUUCAGGUAUGAAGGAAUAUCUUGACAGAAAGAUCCUUCUCAACAAAAUUUCUGAAGAAUUUACUACCAAAAGAGGAUUACAAAUUAGAUCUGACUACUUUUACCAAUGGGUUGAGACAAAGAAGGAUAAGCAAGAAACUGAGGAGAAAACAGCCCAUGCAGAAGAGUAUUAUAGAAGAACCCUUCUCAAAAGAUGGUUUGACAAGAUUAAACACUUCUCUAUUUACAAAACUCUGGUCAGAGCUUGGUUCUUCUCAUACCGAGAGUAUAAAGAGGACCCAGAAUCUGGGUGAGAGGAUGAAGACUUACUGAAAAUGAACAGUACUCUUAAGACAGAUCAUAACAUUGACUGCUCUAUUAUCCAAGAAGUACAAAAGAUUAACUGUAUCUUCACAGAUGAUGGUAGGAACAUUGCGAAUAAGCCUCUAAGUUUCCUUGAUGACACUAUUUUAUCAACAUCAAAGAAAAGUGAAACUGAUAAGUUCAAGUAUUGCUCAGAGCUCCAGAAAACUUUACUAAUCAAGAUAGACAACAGCGUUCAAGAAAUGCUGAAGUUGCGCCACCAAGGUAUCGUAGAAGCCAUUUACAACAAGCUAAUCAUCCUUGAUACUCGUGAAGAGAAGAUAUUGCUGAACUUGAACAGAAGAAAGAGGAAAAUCUUCACAGCCUGGAUCAACUUCACCGACUACUGUAAAGAGAGCAAGGCCAAGGUCAUGGAAGGAAGAUCCCGAGUUGAAAAGUACAAACUAAAGGUUUGAUUUCAAGAGCUUAAGAAAGUCCUUACCGUCAGAGAUAAGAGACUUCAACUUGAACAGAAGAGAAAAUACAGGAUGCUUGAAGAAACCUUCUUUGCCUUCAAACAUGUUAUUCGUAAAAGCAUGGCUCUGAGCGAUGCUUACUGAGAAGUUGCUUCUAAAUAUAGGCAACAAAUCGCUAGAGAAUGCCUUGAAAAAUGGUACUACGAGACUGAACAGAAGAUUCAAGCACGUAUGUUUAUAAAACAAGAACUUGAAGAGCAGAGAAGGCAAGAGAUUUACACUUAUCAUCUUCAUAUCAUGGGGAAGGCCUUCGAAGCCUUGAAGAUCAAUAUGGCUCCUAGGACAAUUACUUUGGGUAAACUGGUUGAGAGAUAUAACUCAGAGAAGCUUAAAUCCAAAACUAUUAAGAGCUUGAAGAUCUGAGUCCAAAGAAGACAUCAUGAAGAGAAAGCGACCAGUGUGGUUGAGCACAAUACCAAACUCAAGUAUUUUAAGUGCUGGUUGAUGCUGUAUAAUGAACUAAAUAUUUCAAAAAGUUUGAGAACUCCUUUCGUCAACCUCCAAAAGCAAGCUUAUGAAGAAGACUGGAGUCUUGCUAAGCUCAACAUGAACACUGAGAAGGUGUACAGCUGUCUUAGCUAUGGCAGAAAGAAGGCCGUGUUUGCAUCAUGGAAGAACCAUAUCCAAAAACUUCAUGUGUUUCAAAGAAACACAGAAAUUGUACAGAAGAUACAGAACAAAGGGUUAAUCAAGAAAUAUUUCAACCUGUUGCUAAACAUCGAAUUCGAACGUAAACAAGCCAGAAUGGUUAAUUCAUACAUGGCCAAACUUGCAGAUGAGAACAACAAAAUGAAAUAUAUCAGAGCAUGGAAAAGAUUCGUGCUCCAGAGCCAACGAGAGAGACAAGCUCACAAAGAAGCAGAGAUCAUUCAUAACCAGAAACGAAAAGUUGAACUUGAGAAAGAAAAGAGAGAUAGGCAAAGAGAAUUAGCCGAGAAAGCAAACAAGAUUAGAAACCAGAUGAUACAGAAAGCCUGCUUUGAAGCCCUCAGGAGCAGACUUGAUGUCAAAAAGGACCUAGAAAAUAGAUGCAACAAGUAUAUUAAGCAUCGUAAGCAAUGCAUGGUUAUCGAAGCAUGGAAUAACCUCUGGAGCCUUUAUGACUUCAAGCAGAAGGAAAAGAAUAUCGAACAUUUUAAUAAGAGAAUGCUAUUCAGGAGAGCAGUUAAAAUGUUCAAUGUUUAUAAAACUCAGAAAGUAUAUUGGGAAUCACUUAAUGAACAAUCUGAUUAUUUCAGGGAGAUGAACCUACUUAAGAACGCAUUCAUCACUCUCAAAAGUUACACAUGUGAGAAGCAGUAUGAAAAAGAACUGAGUCAUACUGCAGAUUUAUACAGGAAGAAAAAGAUGAUGAGGAGAUGGAGAAGAGCGUAUCUCAACAUUAACAUUGCUAAGACUUCUUUCGAAGUAAGCAACUCAGAUCACCAAAAGCCCCAAUACUCAAUCAACGAUAUUAAGACGUACAAGCGGUCAAGGCACGACAUGCCUUUGACAGACUCUUUCAUGAUGUCUCCUGUGCGUGUAGACUCUUUACUUCAGGAGAAGGGGAAGAGCACUAUCUACAAAAGCAUGGUGCAUGAGGCUAUCAAGGAGAAUAUUAAUUUGAAUCAAUAA